AUGGCGGGAGCUAAACCUGGUGUUCACGCUGUUCAGUUAAGGCCGAUCUGCGUACCAGAGUCGCUUAUCAAGGGCCUGAAAUUCAUCAGAUGGGAUGAGAGCUCAGCGAUUGGAACACCGGUCACCCUCAAGGUGGAUCCGAAGGGAUAUAUCCUGUACUGGAAGGACCUGAACAAGGGCCAAAGUACAGGCAGGAAGGUGUCCAUGACUGUAGUGGACAUGGAUUGUCUGGACAUCUCGUAUAUCCGAGACACACGGACGGGCCGCUUCGCCAAAGUACCCAAGGAAGGGAAGCUAAGGGAGUCAUGUAUGAUAGGCAAUAUGGACUGUUCAUUGGAGGAUAAGACUGUUACUAUUGCCUACACAAAGGAUCCCUCCAAGUGCAACAUGGUGGAUGUCGACUUUAUCAACUUUGUGUGUGCCAGCAAGGCUGUAGCCAAGGAAUGGUGUGAUGAGUUGUUGAAGUAUGCCACCAAUCUUUUGGCUCUCAACGCCAGUGCGCUGUCCUAUCUGGAGAAAGCCCAUACCAAACUCACACAUGUACUGGAUGUCAAUGGGCGCAUACCUGUCAAAAACAUUGUGAAGAUGGUUGCUAAACAUACAGAAGACCGUCGACGUGUGGAGAAAGCUCUUGAGGCUGUAGGAUUUAAUGCUGGAAAGAAUGAGACUAUUGAUCCUAACAAAUUUACAUUUGAUGGAUUUUUCAAUUUCUACCGCCACCUGGUGGGGAGAACGGAGGUUGAUAAGGUCUUUGAUGAGAUUGGUGCCAAAAAGAAGCCGUACCUAACGGUAGACCAGUUUGUAGAAUUCCUAAAUGGUGAGCAGAGAGACCCACGUUUAAAUGAGAUUUUAUAUCCAUACUACUCCACAAAGCAAGCCCAGGACCUAAUAAAUACCUACGAGACGAAGAUCGGCAUGGCAGCCAAGGGGGAUAUUGAGCCAGGCCAUCUUUCCCAGGAAGGAUUUCUUAUGUUCUUGAUGAGUGAUGAAAACCAGAGUAUUGCACCAGAUUUGUUGGAUCUGAGCCAUGACAUGACUCAACCUUUAAGUCAUUACUUUAUCAACUCCAGCCACAACACAUACUUGUGCCACCAGUUGACCAGUAAGUCGUCUGUGGAAUUGUACAGACAAGUCCUGCUCAGUGGAUGUCGCUGUAUAGAACUGGAUUGCUGGGAUGGACGAGGUGCAGAUGAAGAGCCAAUCAUCACCCAUGGUUACACCAUGUGCACUGACAUCUCCUUUAAGGAAGUUAUUGAAGCCAUUGCAGAAAGUGCCUUCAAGACAAGUGAUUUCCCAGUGUCCCUGUCCUUCGAAAACCACUGUUCACCUAGACAACAGGCAAAAAUGGCAGCCCACUGUAGAAAUAUAUUCGGGGAUAUGUUACUAACAGAGCCACUGAUGUCAAACCCGGUUGAACCUAAUACACCGUUACCAAGUCCACUACUGUUGAAAGGCAAGAUUAUCGUAAAGAACAAGAAACGGCACACUCACAAGCCCAGACCAGCAAAAGUUCAGACACCUUUGAAGAGUACACCAAGUUCUAGUAAAAUGGGUCAGGUGAAUGGAGAGACCAAAGGUGGAGGAGGAGACAGUGGUGGAGGGGGAGGAAGUGAAGGCAAGUCCAGCUCAUCAUCCUCCGAGCCUAAAGCACGCACAGAGAGCGAGAGUGGUGAGGGAACACCUGCAGAUAAACCUAGAGAUGGACCAAUUGAUUCGGAUGAGGAUUCUGAAUCAGAUGAGAGUGACUUUGAAGAGGAGGAGGAAGUGCAGGAUAAGAUCAAGACUAACUUCAAGCAGGAUAAAGGUACAGCUGGAAAAGAAGCUGAAGCUGGCCAGGAGAUGUCAGCUCUUGUCAACUAUAUACAGCCUGUCCACUUCCACACCUUUGAUAUCUCAGAAAAGAGAAGCAGGAGUUAUGAAAUCUCAUCCUUUGUGGAGACCCAGGCGCUGAGUUUAUUAAAGGAAUAUCCAGUAGACUUUGUCAAUUAUAACAAGAGACAGAUGAGUAGAAUCUACCCAAAAGGAACACGAGUCGACUCCAGUAACUUUCUUCCACAGAUCUUCUGGAAUGCUGGCUGCCAGUUGGUUGCAUUGAAUUUCCAAACUUUAGAUGUACCAAUGCAGAUCAAUCUGGGAAUAUUUGAGUACAAUAACCGCUCAGGCUACAUACUCAAACCAGACUUCAUGAGAAGAACGGAUCGACGGUUUGACCCCUUUGCUGAGUCAACUGUAGAUGGCAUUGUAGCUGGCAAAGUUGUGGUUAAGAUAAUAUCUGGUUCCCUCCUGUCUGAGAAGAAGAUGGGUACCUAUGUGGAGGUGGAAAUGUAUGGUUUACCCACAGAUACUGUCAGAAAAAAAUUCAAAACUAACAUGGUAACCAACAAUGGCAUUAACCCUGUAUAUUCAAGUGAACCAUUUGUAUUUGAAAAGGUCGUCCUUCCAAAUUUAGCUGUGAUAAGAAUUAUUGCAUUUGAUGAGAACAACAAAAUGUUAGGCCAUAGGAUUUUACCUGUUCAAGGUUUAAGACCAGGUUACCGCCAUCUUCCACUUCGGAAUGAAUGUAACCUGCCUCUCCUACUACCCAGUCUCUUUGUCUACAUCAAUGUCAUGGACUAUGUGUCAGACCAGUUUGCUAUGUUCACGUGGGCAUUGAGUAACCCAAUACAGUACCUAUCACAGCUGGAGAAACGUGAUGCACAGUUGAAGAUCCUUGAGGACAUGGAUAAUGAAGAUGAGGAGGUAUCCGAGAGCUCGGUCGAUGGAAACAAGGAUGUGUCGAGACAAGACAGCAGUAGCAGUACAGCCAAUACCAUUCCAGAGAAAAAGACGGAAAAGAAACCAGUAACCAGUAAAUCUUCUCACGCAGAAAUAAAACCCCAGAUCAGUGGUAGUUCAGACACCAGCAGUCCAUCAGAUCGCAUGUUUUAUCGAAUGGUGAGCCAGACUCAACUCCGUAGUGUGAACAGUAUAAACAAUGAAAACGGAAUUAAUGCUGCCACCUCUAAACUCAACGAUCCAGCCAUUUUACAACCAACACCUUUAGCGGAGCUCAAACAACAAAAACCCUUCCUUAAGGCUCUAAGUAAACGAGACAAGGAACUAGAAUCUCUAAAAAAGAAGCAUGAAAAAGUGAGGGAUGGUGUUAAGGAGGUACAUGACACACAGCUGGAUAAACUAUUGCGUACACAGGUGAAGGCAAAACGUAGUCUGGAGAAGACCAACAGUAAAAUCCUAGAAAAGGCCAAGAAACAUGGAAACAAAGAAGAAGUGGAGCGUAAAACCUCCAUGGAGUAUGAUAAUCUUCUGACCGGCCAUGAGGUCGAGCAAAAGUCCAAGCAUAAGGAGUUACGGAACACACAGACAGAAAUGUUUGUGUCCAUUAGUAAAGAACAUUAUCAAGCAGAGCUAGAGAUAUACCAGCGCCACCUGGAGCCUCUGUACACCACUCUCAAGGAAAUUAUGGAAACAGACCACAAAAACCAUCUUAAGAGGCUCAGUGAUGUACAUGAUACUGAAGUAAAAAAACUUACCGAUGACAUGGAAGCUUCAAGACAAAAAGAUAAUAAGCAAAUGAGCAAGCAGUACAAGGAUAAAGAGGAAAGAGCCAGACGAAGACGUGAAGCACAGCUGAAACAUGUAGAUGCAGUAGUUGAGCGAAGAAGAAAGCUUAGUGAUAUACUUGCCAAGAAGAUAGAAGAACUGAACAAAGCUCUGGAAGGUAUUGUAGAGGAAUUUGAACAAGAAAAACUGCAGGCCCCAGAAAAGUUGAUAGCUGAGUUUGAGGAGAAAUGUGAGAAAUUAGCGAUGCAGCAUAAAACUUGUGAGACCGUGGAGGAAAACACGCAGUUAUAAGGACCAUUUUGACUAGCUUUGUGAUACC